AUGAUGGAUAGUCUCGGUCCAUCAUCCUCAAAUCGUGAGAAGCAUUACCUGGAAACGUCAGAUGCAUCAUCGCUUUUUCUGCUCAAGGGCGAAUUGUAUCGCAAAAUUAGCGAGCAGCGUCAGAAAACUAAGAUUCCGGCGAGAGCUCCUAACAAGAAGAGUGUCCUACGGAUCAGCAAAGAAGAAGAGAAGAAAAUUACAGAAGAGAAGCGGCAACGAGAAGCCCGUAUCCGUGAUCUAGAAAAGUCAAUAGCACAAGAUGAGGAGCAGAGAAAACGAGUACAAAAGAUACUGGAAGAAAAAAGUGAAAUUUAUGCUCGUUUAAGUCAGGGCGAAGCAAUUUUAAAUGGUGAUAAUGAACCAGUAGAAUUUUUGGUAGAUUUUAAUGCAAAGAAGCUUGAGGAGGAGAAACAACGUUUGGACGAUGCUGAGAAAGCGAAAAAUGAAGGGAGCGAAGCAGUACACUUUAAUCCAGAUGAAGAACAGCGCGUUUAUGGUGUUUCUCAUGUUCCGCUACCAGUCAGCGAAACUAAAAGGCAAGAACAAAUACAAGAAUUAUUGGAAUUAAGUAAGAAAACUGAAGUUCAUCGAGCAAAAAGGAAGCAUUUACUUGAAGAGCGAGAAAAGAAGAAAUUGGAACAAUUAAAUAGAGUCCGGAAGAGGAAAGGUCUACAGGAAUUACCUCUAUGGGAUUCUGAAGGAGAUAAUGAAGCGAAAUUUCUUGACAUUCCUCUUCCUAAUGGACCCCCAAUGGAAGUGUGUGCGAAGCAACCAGAACAGAAAAAAUUCACUCCAGUUCGCGAGUGGGACCGUGGAAAAGUGCUUUAUGAUAGAUGGAUCGCAAAGCAGCGCGAUGAACGUGAUAAUGAAUUUGCACCGCCGUCGAGCUACUUCCGAUAG